AUGGAAGGUGUUUGGGCCAAACGACCAGUCGAGUCACCUGAUGUGGCUUGUUCAACGGUAACCGUGACGAAGUGCCAGGCUGCUCUGAGGACUCUUCAAGCGUUCCCGUUCUUUAAACCAACAUGUCUCUGUCGGGAACCGAACGUGGAUCCUGAGUGUAACUCUUUCCGCGACUUCCUGUUCGACCAUCCCUGCGUGUUUGUCAUGAAGAAGGAAAAAGACCCGUACCCCGUGGAGACUCUGCCGACCUGCACCUAUGCACUCAGCGUUUGCCAUAACGAAAAGGCCUGCUCCGUGCUGUUUGAACGCUUCAAGAACGCCUGUAAAGCUCGUGAGGGAGAAUGCAAGAUGGAAGACAGGGAAGCAUGCCGAGAAGCUUGGGCUGGUCUUCGUCUAUCCCCACUUUUUGGCUGCAUCUGCCCCAACACGCACAUGAAGAAACGUUGCGACCGUAUUUUCGCCGUGGUCAACCAUAACCCAUGCGUCGGUGAGUACGCACCUUUACGCCUCACGCUCUGUGUGCUAGCGGGUUCUGAGUGA